AUGGCGCAAUACUAUCCACAACAACAGCACUAUGGAGCUCAGUCAUCAGCUCAAAACCUUCAAUUUUACCCAUCUAGCUAUUCGUCAGUCUCAGGACACACGACCCCUUCUCAAGCCUCAUAUGGUGGUUUCGGCGCACCACCCAACCCAGCGGCACAAGGCUACCCCGUUGGAGGGGUAGGGGGCGGAUACGGCGGUUUCGGAUCCCCUCCUGGUGGUGUGAGCGGGAGGAUGGGUGAACAGGGAGGCUUGAGGACCGGGUGGCUUGCUGCAUUCGGAACGGAGGGUUAUGACGGCGAACCGCCGCUGUUAGAGGAGCUGGGGGUCAAUUUUGAGCAUAUACGGACUAAGACAUUAACAGUCCUGAACCCAUUUGCGCGCAUCGACCAGCACCUCAUGGACGACAGCGAUCUGUACGGUGCCCUUCUCUACAUUGUCCUAUACGGCACUUUCCUGCUUCUCUCAGGCAAGGUGUUCUACGGCUACAUUUACGGCGUCGCUGUCUUCGGCACCAUCGCACUCCAUCUCAUUCUCAGCCUCAUGUCUCCCAUUGAACCAACCUCCCCAACGCAGCCGCCUAACGCCGCAGACCCAUCCGUCAACUACGAUCCACACGCCAAACCCGGCUCCUCGGGUCACUUCUCCGCGACUUUAACUUUCCCGCGCUCCGCCAGCGUUUUGGGCUACUGCUUUUUGCCGCUUGUGCUAACGAGUCUUUUGGGUAUCCUUGUACCCAUGGAUUCCAUGUUCGGGUACCUGCUUACAACUGCUGCAGUUGGGUGGUGCACUUAUUCGUCGUCUGGGAUGUUCUGUGCCGUGGCGCGAAUGAGUGGUAUGAGAGGCCUUGUAGCUUAUCCGUUGGCGUUGUUCUAUGUCGUGUUCGGUCUCAUGUCCAUUUUCUCGUCCAUUGGGAGUGGGACGCUUGCGGCGAAGACAGGGGCUGCUUAG